AUGGGAGCUUGCUCCAAUUGUCGUCGGCGCAAGAAGAAGUGCGAUGAAGGGCUACCAGAAACCUCUGCGUUGGGUGCAGGGGAUUGCUUCACGAGGACGUUUUGCGCCGCAUUCCCCGGCGAUAAUGGUUCCACAGCUGGCCGGAAAUCCGCUUCUGAUACCGUCGUGACAAGCGUUGCAGGUUCUACCGAUGGGCUCAGAGCAACGAUCGGCCCCUCCGGCUUUGAUCAAGUGAGUGCGACUUUGAGUGGCCCCGGCAUCUUUGCAAGUGGACUUGAGGUCGCAAGUGAAUCAACAGGCUCUCCACCAGUAAAUGACGCAUUGUCCAGGGCUCAAGAAACCUUCACACGAUUCUUGACGUCGGGCCUAACACGUCUUCACAAAACGGGAACUUCUUGCACAGUUCCGGACAUGAUGCAAACGUUAGCGACCCGCAGCCAUGCUCUGCUGUUUAUCGGGGUAGCCAUUCAGCAGGCCUUUGAUGAUAAAGGCGAGGAAUUUUCUGUGUCGACGUUGGAGCAUCUUGAUGUUGCUCUGAGCACCCUUCGCGCCGAGAUAAUCCAAGGACAAGGGACUCCACAUGCCGGCACCCUGACUGCUGGCGUCUUAUUAUGCACCUUUCACGGAUGGCCUUGCACUCAUCAUCUACGCUUGAUUUCAGAGGGUUACCGCUUCCAAACCACAAUGAAUACGGUCGCCACGGGUCUCGAACAAGAUCCAAGUUCUCGUCAGGCACUAGAGUCUCUGGGUGUCAUGGACUUGCCCUCGUUUGUCCUGGGCAGGAAUAGCCCAACUAUUGGCAUCUGGAAAAGCUUUCGUAUUGCUCAGGGAUCAUGGAAUCAAGGCAGGCUCGACGGCGUGGAACCUGUCACCGGCAUCCCAAGGUCUCUUCUUGACAUCUUUGCCGCCGUGGCCGAAGAACCUGGGGACGACAUUGCUUUACGAUUCUGGUCGUGGCAGGACGGUGGAGGAGACACUACCCAAUGCCGACUGUGGGACUGCUGGAGACUUUCCGGCAUCUUGGAUGUUCGUCGGCGUCGGCGUCGGCUAUUCUCCAACGUCGAUUUCACGCCCCUGGCACAAUCCGACGACGAGCCGAGGGAUUCAGCCCCAGAUACAGACACGAUUCUAUGCCGAUUGAUGGCGGCCAUUGACUCCGUUCACAAGGCUCUCAGUAUUCCAUGCCCUGAAAACUUGCCUUCCUACCAUGGGCUUGUGUAUCCGCUGGUCACCAUAAGUCUUGAAGUCGCCCGCCUCAGGAGGCACCCCGAGUGGAAACAAACUCUGGAUGAAGUUCGAUAUCGCAUCGAGGAGAAUAGCCCAUUUAGACUUGCGCGAAUUGCCUUUAAACUGCUGGACGAUUCUUGGCGGGAAGAGUCUUCCGAUUUUGACAUUGAGGAUGCAGCCCGAGAAAUGGGUGUUGAAAUUGCGCUCCUUUGA